AUGGUACAAAGAGGAACGCGCAUAGGGCCGCUGCCUGGGGGUCGCCGGGGCGCGUCUGGAGCUGGCGCUGGACGCGGCAGCAUGCGGGCCGCCAGCCGAGCGCGAGGAGCUGUACGAUCACCUAGCAGCCCUCCGCAUCCAUCAUCCCCACCAGAAGGCUUGGUGUCGGCUGGGUCUUCUCGGACUCAGCAAGCGGCACCCGCCGCUGGUGGAGCACGUCGCAUGCGUUGGUCACAAACAAUGAACGCAAACGCACUGCGGGCGUACUUUAGGGCAAAAGGGGAAGAAACCGGAUGUUUGGCAUAUCGGGCUCGGAUGCAUCGCUUUUUUGCAGAGCUGGAGCCAUCUCUAUCCGUCACUGAGCAAAACCUGGCAGACCGAGUUCGGUACAUCCUGCGCUCCAACAUAUUUGGUGACGCCGAACUCGAACGACUACGACGUGAGGCUGUUCCCUCAUCGGAUGGAAAUGCUACGGCUGGGAAUGCGGCGCCACUAAUUGCGCAGCAAACUGCAAAUGUGGACGCUGCCGUCAAUAUUCCAUUUGUGGUUGAUUCAGACGAUGAUGGAAUAGUCCCCCACGAACUAGAGAAAAUGAGGAGCAUAUUGGAAGAGUCGAUGCUGGAAACGCGCAGCAUGCCUCUCGAAAAUCGACCGCGACUUCCCCCGCAUACCCCUUAG